AUGGCAUCCGCCCCAAUGCCGCGCGCUCUCGUGCGCCUCUCCUCCGCACACUAUCUCCGCACAUCCGGCGCCCUCUUCUCCCUCCGAUCCACCCCGGCACAGCUCCUCUUCCGCCGCAACUACGCCGCCGCCAAAAACGAUGACUCUAAGCCGCGCGUGCUCGAGAAGCCGGACAAGUUCCGACCGCCGUCGCAUCCGGCGAGGAUACCCUCGAGCCGAAAGAGGCCGCAGUACACAUACGGCCCGCGCCUGACGGACGAGGAGCUGGCGACGCAGAAGCGCAAGCAAUAUCCGAACAUGAUGCCGCCCGAGGGCAGCUUCAUGCAUUGGUUCCUGACGAACCGAAUGCUGCAUGUGUAUAUCUCGCUGGGCGUCCUCUUCUCCCUCGCCUUCUACGUCUUCCUCAUGAACUUCCUUACCUCCACCCCCUACCGCGACCUCCUGCCCGAGCGCUCCGAGCUGCUCACCCACCCGCUGCGCUCGCUGCACCAGUUCGGCCAGGUCUACAAGAUGCACGCCGAGCAUGUGUCGCAGGAGACGGCCGAGAAGCGCAAGCGCAAGGUCGAGGACGUCGACAAGCGCGCCGAGUUCCGCCGCGCCCACGGCAUCGACGAGGAGAAUACGAGCCUGCUGCGCGGCUGGCUGGGCGAGCCCCACGAGAAGAAGACCGAGGUUGUCGAGCCCGAGGUGCAGGAUGCCCAGAGCCCCGUUGCGAAGGAGGAGCAGUUCAGGGAUUUUGAGGGCAAGCAGCAGCGCAGGCCGGUGAAGAAGUGGCUGGGCAUUUGGUGA